AUAAUCAUAUAGUUGGAAACGAAGGCACUACAUUAGAGCGAGAUACAGAAAUUCCGCAAACCGCCGAUAGUGCUGACUACGUGCCUAUUGCGCUGCCGAAAGAUGAACAUGGUGUCCCCAACGAACGUAUAGUUUUUGCAAAUAAUGCACAGCGAAAUGCUGGCUAUCAAUAUAAAGACAACUUUGUGACCACUGCUAAGUACUCGGUUCUGACGUUCUUGCCCAUAAACCUGUUCGAACAAUUCCAACGGAUUGCGAACGUUUACUUUUUGCUGUUGAUUAUUCUCCAGCUUAUCCCGCAAAUCUCGGCACUGAAUCCCAUCACCACGGCUUUCCCCCUGCUGUUGGUACUUUGCGUGACGGCCAUCAAAGAUGGAUUCGACGACUACGCCCGGCAUCAGAGUGAUAAGGAAGUGAAUACACGAGAGGUUGAGGUUAUGCGUAGCGAAGGUGCCUGGCAAGUAGUACAGUGGCGUGAGGUGCUCACAGGCGACAUUGUACGGGUGGAGCAGGAUGACCCCAUUGCCUGUGAUUUGCUGUGUAUAGCCACAUCAGAUGAGAACGGCGACUGCUUCGUGGAGACUGCUGAAUUGGAUGGCGAAACAAAUCUGAAGCUGAGAGUGGCUUUGAAGGAGACCGCAACCGCCUACCAAGAAGACUCGUCACUCAACAACCUCCAAGGUUUUGUGCGUUGCGAGCCACCCAAUACAGAUCUGCACUACUACAAAGGCACCUUUCAACUACCAGGCCAUCCACGACUGCCCCUGGACAACGACAACCUGCUUCUACGCGGUAUGACUUUGCGCAAUACCAAGUGGGUCACAGGCCUAGCCAUAUUCACAGGUCAUGAGACCAAGCUGAUGAAGAACGCCAGCGGCACUCAGUUCAAACGCACAAAGAUUGACAUCCAAACCAACCGGCUGAUCAUCUACAUCUUCGGGUUGCUGACUAUUCUGUGCACGAUAUCAGGCAUUGGCAGUGGACUCUGGGCCAAGAACACUGGCGAAGACUUUGAAAUCUACCUACCAUUUGAGACUGGGCUGGACUCACCCGCAGUGAUUGGUACAUUGGCCUUCUUCACAUUCAUCAUCCUCUACUCCACACUCGUCCCCAUCUCACUCUACGUGUCGGUGGAGUUUAUCAGAUUGGGCCAGAGCUUUCUGAUUGACUGGGACCUCAACAUGUACCAUGUCGAAAGCGACACACCCGCCAAAGCGCGUACAACGACUCUCAACGAAGAAUUGGGACAAAUUGAGUAUGUAUUUUCGGACAAAACCGGCACACUGACCCAAAAUGUCAUGCGCUUCCUGAAGUGCAGUGUUCAAG